AAUAACUUCCGUUGCACCUGUUUACAUUUGUGACAUUUGUGAGUAACAAGGAAGUAAUAAUACCAGAAAUGGAAUCGAAAUAUGACAGAGUAGAUGUCCCCGACAAUUUAUAUCUGCACUCAGACGAUGAACCAAAUGAUUUUGGUACAGGGGUUUACCCGAUUUCGGUUAUCUCAAGGAAAUCCAAUUUGAAGAGUGACACCGUUAAACAUGUUAAAGUUGCAUGCUUUAGAAUGAGAAGAAAAAGUCGAUGUUUCCUCAUGAUUGGUGGCGUUAUCUUUUUGAUAAUCGUUAUUUUGCUUAUUGUAGUAGCAUCGAAUCACAAUGGCAAUGAUAAAGCUCCAGCUAUUUCGAUAACUGUUAUAGAAGAAAUCAAGCUAAAAGAUAUACCUAGGGUCCGAACAUCAACCUAUGUGGCAUCGAAUCACAAAGGCAAUGAUAAAGCUCCAGCUAUUGUACCAACUAUUAAAGAAGAAACCAAGCUAAAAGGUCUGUUGUUCGAACCCAAUGUAGAUGGUAGUCCUUUGAUCCACUAUUCCAUAAAGGACAUGAACACAUACCACAAGUACCUCAAUCAGUUGGAUUUCUACAUGUACGAUUAUUCAGCAGUUCAUCAGCAAACAUCAGAUUAUAUGAAUUGUGUAAACAAGAGUGCAUCUGAUGGUAAAGCGUGUAGGUUGACAAGUCAUGAUUUUGGAUCUCACUGCACUCAUACCAAUGUUUAUGGGUACCAGGAGGGCAGACCCUGUAUUCUUCUCAUGUUGAAACUGGAUAAUGAUACAAACAUAGAGCCAUUUACAAGUAAAGACACUGAGAUAACAAAAAGACUAAAAGACAGAUGGUCAGAUGAUCAUGUUGGAAUAACCUGUGAUGGAGAGACGGCGAUAGAUAGAGAACACAUGGGACAUGAAGAAUUUUGGUAUGAAAACGGUGUCCAGGAAACUGACAUAAUGUAUAGUCCCCCAACAGGAUUUCCUGUCUGGUUUUAUCCAAAGAUGAAUCCACAUUACAAAGUACCAGCUGUUAUGGUUCACUUCAACACAAUCCGUUCUUACCAUUUGGUGACAAUUAAAUGUGUUGCGUGGGCAAAAAGUUUUAAUAAUGGAAAGCCACAAGACUCUGAAAUGUAUAGUGUUAGGUUUCAGAUUUACAUGGAAUAGACUAGGAAUUCAAAUAUGAUGAAAUGCAUCAGAAGAGAUCUGAAUAUGAAAGCUUAGCUACAUUAAAGAUGUUUGCCAUUGCAUAUAAGAAUAGUAUUUGAUUGUGCAAACUUGAAAAAUGGUUUGACUGUUUGUACUUAGUCUUUAUACUUAAAAUCAUUAGAGAUAAAAUACUUUUUAAUGGAAAUUUCAGUCAAUCAGAAUAUUUUUAGUACAUUGUAUAUCUUUUUGAUCAUAAAUAUUAGAGUUAGUUGUAGAAAUGGCAAAUCCUUCCUGAACUACACUUAUCAUGAAAUGGUAUGUGUUUUUUUCUAGUCAGUGACGGAAACUUAAUAACAAUGUCAAAUAUGUAAGUAGUGCAGUUCACAAUUUUUAAUUUAAACAGUAUUUUAUUCAAAUAAAUUGAAUUGGAUUGGGCAACAGGCAAAGCCUAUGUAAGCCCUCUCCAGUUCACAGUAAAUAGAUUGUUCUUGUUUUAAAUUCUUUUAAAAAUUGUGAUAUACAUUUUAGAAUUUUUUAGAAUUCAUUAUGAAUAAUAAAUUACCACCUUUUUUUCAUAGUUCAAAUUAUUGAUUACAGUUAUUUAUGAUACCUUUGCAUAUUUGAUAAAGCAAAUAAUUAAAAUUUUUUCUUUAAUAUGAAAAUAUUGUAAAAAUUAAUUGAAAAAAUAAUUGCCAAGAUUAUGUGACACUGUAAAAGAACACUUUUUACGGGCCAUUCCAUUAGAAAGUUGUUUGAGUGUGGAAAGGAAGUUUUGUUUUUAAGACAUAUCAGGUCUUUUAUGGUUGCAUGUUAAUUAGAUGUAUGCAAACUCACUCAAAAAAAAGUACCGUAUGUGGCGUAUAUAAUAUGCAUUUAUGUUAUUUAUCGAGGAAUUACCCUCCCACAUUCAUUUACAUGGGAAGUCCAUAUUUGGCAUUUCAUUUAUUCUUAUAUUUUUGGGGCUCCUUUCAAAGCACAAAACAAAUAGUACCUAAGAACUGCUUUGCAUAUAUAGUUAUGCAUAAUCUGUAUAAAUAUUGUAACCAUUGUUAUCAUAGUUGAUUUCAUUGGUUUAAGAUAUUGAUGUCAUAAUGUAAAAUAUUCACCAUAUAUCUCAGCAGGAAUUUCAUGUACCAAGAAACUUUGUGCUAAAUUUCAGUGAUAAUGAUAAGGGUUAUUUCAUUAAUAUAUUUCUCCCAAAAUGCAAUGAAAAAGGGUCAAAUAUAUGUAGGGAUUAGUUUAAAGAAAAUAUUACUUUCUAAUAGAAAAAUUCAUAAGAGAAAAUUAUUUUACCCCUGAUUACAAAUUAGACAGGAUAAAACAGUUUUCCAUACCUCCAUUCUGUAAAUAUUGAAUAAGAUGGAUACUUUAAGGACACAAUAAAUUUUGUAGGCCAUUUUUUCCAUUCCAUACAAGUUUUUAUAUAUUUUUUUUAUAAAAAGUAAAAUAAAAUAAAAUCAUUGUUCAGUAUUUGGUAUAAAAGUGAUUGAAUUCCUACCCAUAUCUGAUUUCAUUUCCAAAAAUUAGAAUGACACUCUUGAUCCUAAAGUUGAAGAUCUAAUUUUUAUAUCAACAAGCAACAACUUAGUUUUUAAAUUGUAAAUAUUACAUCAAUUUUUUUUUCUCAAUAAACAUUUUUUAUUAGUGAAAAUCAGCUUUAUCAUAAUGAAGUAUGAAUCGAUUCAUGGAAACUGAUGUGGCCUUGAUUUUAAAUUUGUAGAUAUUAAUAUAAUUAAUUUAUAUGUAGAAUUUAUUACCAUGUUGUUAUGUAAAAUGUAAUUGGUAGUCCCCAAAUAGAUUCAACAUAGAUAGCAGUUACAUCAAAUCUAAAAUUUAUUUGAUAUACAUGUAUUUAUUCAGGGUAAUCAUAUUUUAGCUGGGCCAUUAUACUUUUUCAGUGCACAACAAAAUGCAAAUUUUCUAUAGGUUUGUAUGUAGAAUUUACAAAAAGCCACAAAAUCAAGUACAAAUGUAUAGACAUGAUAGAUGGGUAAAACUGAAGCUUUUUUUUCUUCAUUUUUGUAACAAUUGUCAUGAUUAUGGUCAUGAGAAGUCAUUGACACAUUUUGUGUAAGUACAACAUGCAUGUACAUAUUAUACUUAUUAAAUUCAAAGCAUUCCAAAUAAUUUAAAAAAUGACAAAGCUCUGUCUGGACUAUAAUUACAAAAUAUAAUGAAAAAUGAAAGUUUUUAUAAAAAAUUAGAAAGGUCAAACACUUUCAUAUCUUUAUAUUAGUAAUCCCUGAAUCUGUGUACUUGUAUAUAUACAUUGUAUUAUCGAUAACAACAAAGACUAGAUGACGUUUCAGAGAGAGCACUGAAUUGCUAAUUUUGAUAUAAAAUGAAUACAUUAUUCAAAGCUGCAGUGGCUGGAGGGAACACCCCAUUACAUAGCCCAGUAUCCACCAUAAACAACGUGUGAUUAAUCCAUGGUGUUAUUUUUCAAUAUUCCUCAUCUACUUUACCAUCUUGAAGUGUUUAAACAGAGAAUUUUUUUGAUGACAUUUGUAAGCUUGUUACAAUAUGAACAGUUAAUGUAGUAUUGUAAAUAAUAGCAUGUGCUUUAUAUUGCUGUUGUUUUUGUUUUGAAGUCAUCAUUCUGCUUGUAACAUGAUUGUAUAUUUAUAGAUUUUAUCUUUAGAGAACAUUUGGAAUUUUCUGUACUUAGACUCUCUGGUUAUUCAAAUUUUAUGAUUAAAAUUUUUAGGGAAAAUCACUUUAUCCACUCUUAUGUUUUAUUAAAUUUUGAUAUACAUUGUAUUUAAAAAAUAAAUAGUACUCCUCAAAAAUCCAAAAAUCGAUUAAUUAAAAUUUCAUUUUCACAUUUUUGGCUGUUUAUCAGUUAUUUAUCUAAUCAAAAUAAAUAAAACAAAAUUUCUAAUUCACCUCUUUUUAAUUGAAAAAUAAAUCCAAAGAACAUAUGAUUAAUUAGGUGUGGUCUAAAAAGUAUUUUUACCUAAAAUAUAUAAGUGCCGUAGUGGCUGUUAUAUCAUUUGUAACAUAUCCCUAAGUUAUGUUUUUAAUUAUUUGUUUAAAAUAUUUCUUACAUUCCAUGUAUUUUUAUACACUGUUGAUCGUUUUUUUAAAUUUAAAUUUAUAUAGAAUUAUAAUAGUUAACCCAGACAUUGAUUUAUUAAAAUUUAAUGGAAAAUAGUACAUGGUACAAAUUAAGGAUUGUUUCAUAUGUAUAUUGCCUGUUAAUAUCUGAGAUAAAAUAUCUGUAUGCACAUGUACAUGUAUAUUUUGCUGUAGUUGGAGGAAACUUGAAUACAUGCUUAGAUUUAAGUCUAGGUUUUCAUCAAUUAUUUAAAUAUUAAACAACAAAAGAUAAAUUGAAAAACUAAUUUUGUAUUUCAGAUGGUUUUAUGUACAAAGUAAUCAUAGCUAUAUGUUUUUAAUCACUUUGAAUAUGUAACUUGUCUGAAUGUAGUUCCACCUGUAAUUUUUCAAGUGCAAUGUGAUUUCUUUACAUUUGUAUUGUUUUUUUUGUAAAUAAUUGUAAAAUCAAUGAAAAAAAUGUAAAGUUUCAGGAGUACGAACUUAGUAUUGUGCCUUAUGGACAUGUAUAUUAAAUUUAUAGUUCAUUAAACAUCAUUUUAAAAACAAUACAACUUUCAAUUGUAUAAAGGGUUGAUAAAAAACAUGAUGUUGUACAUGUGUAUUUGAUCAAUUGAUGUUAUAUUCUUUUUGUAAAAUGGAAGAGUUUAUUUUUUAUAAUGAAAAAUGUUGAUUAUUUUUCAAAUUCCACCAUUACAUGCUGUAACAAUUAUUGAUGUGCACAUAGAUCAAUAUUGGCUUCAAAAUUAUGAACUUAUCCAUAGGCUAUCACUUUGUUUUUGUCUUUUUAACAGUUCUGUCUUGCAAUUGGUUUGUUUCUUUCAAAUAAUUUUUUACUAUAAACAUACACAGGUAAAAAAUUCAUAUUUAUGUUUUUUUUUCAAUCCUGAACCAAUAAACUAUAGUAUCUACAUAUUGUAUGGUCAUCUAAAGUAUAUUUAUCUUGAUAAUGACCUCUUUAUCAGAUACUAUUAUGUUUAGUUAAGUGAAGAAAGGAAAAAAAUUGUGACUAAAAGGGAAGUAACUUAAAAAUCCUAAUUGAGCAUAGUUUAAUAAUGAUUGUACUAUUACUUUAUAUCAAUGAAUGACACUUGACCAAGCUUGCAAAAAGGAAAUGGUGGAAUCACAUAGCAUAUUGUUUAAAAAAAAUUAUUUUGUUGUUAAAUUUUUUUUGGGGAAAAAGUUUUUGCUAUUCUAUCAACCAAUUUUCUUGCAAAUGGUAAAUUUGAUUUUGAAAAAAAAACACUUGGCUGUUGAAAAUCAAAAAAGUUAAAUGCAAUUAUCUUUGCCUACAUUUUGCAUGAGAAAUAUUGAUAUCAAAAGCUAUCAGAUUGCAUUAAUAGAAAACCUUUAAGCAACCUAAAUCUUAUUGAUCUUUUGACUAUCAAAUAGUAAGUGAACAAAUACUUGGCUUUGGGUGUAAAAAGAUGAGCUGACAAUGUAAUGUAUUACAUUGUCUUCUCUGUACCUAUGUGUUUGGUGAGGAGAAUAAAGAUAUAGCUAUAAACAACCAGAAAAACUUAGAUGAUGAAAAUUUAUAUAACUUAUAAUCAAUAUUCUAAAAAUGAUUUUUAAUCAGGAUUUCAAAUACAAUAAUUCAUGUUGUUAGUUCAUGUACAUUCCUUUAUUAAACUAUUUUUAUAUUGAUGAUUUUAAUCACAAUUUCAAUUUGGUGCCAUUUAUUUUUAUUUCUACAUUAUUGUCUGUUCUUCAUUUGUAUAAUUUACAUUUUUGUGUUGAAUGUCAUAUACAAAUAUUUAAUAAUAUUGUAGUUUGGGCAGAUAUUUAUGAAUAUGAAGAUUUAUCAAUUUUUUUUCUUUAGAACAGGCAUAUUUGGCAAUAAAAAGCCAAAUUGAUUUGAUUUUUAAGCUCUGAUAAAUACUUAACAAUUUCAGUAUGCUAAUUAAAUUACCAGUUAAUCAAGCUUAUUAGCUAGUUUUGUUUUAGAUAUUAGUCCAUAUUACUACGCAUUUUUGUAUUGUUUUCACCAAUAGCAUGUGCAAUCAUGGAAGUUGCAUUUUAUUGGGACAAAAAUUGUCACAUUAAAACCUUAUUGUUACCUCUCA